AUGUUAAAUUCUGUAUAUCCGUCCAAAAAGAAUAUCCGUCUCCCUCCUGAAGUUAGCAGAAUUCUUUAUUUAAGAAACCUUCCAUAUAAAAUAACAUCCGAGGAGUUAUAUGAUAUCUUUGGUAAAUACGGUUCCGUACGCCAGAUCAGGAAGGGAAAUAGUGCUACAACAAAGGGUACCGCCUUUGUAGUUUACGACGAUAUAUUUGAUGCUAAAAACGCCUUGGACCAUUUGUCAGGAUUUAAUGUUGCUGGAAGGUAUUUGGUUGUUCUGUACUAUAAUCCGGCAAGAGUAAAUAAGAGAAAGGAUUUGGAUAAACAAGAAGCUGAUUUAAAGAGGAUAAGAACUGCAAUGAACCAAAACAAUUAA